AUGGCGCCGCCUAUGGAGACCCAUUCUCACUCUGCCGGACAAAAUGGCAAGCAUCGCAUGUUCCUCAGUGAUGCGCGCCAGGAUCUCCUCAGCCAAGCAGGACGGAUCAUCCCCGACGUGCGGACAAUCCAAGAACUCGGCCACACAGCCCUCAAUGGAGGUCUAGUUGAUGACCGACAUUAUCUGCCACUGAGAAAGAGUCGCUCACAAAAGCAGAUCGAAAAUAUUAUCCAGGUCACGGCGUCCUUGCCCAACAAAUCUGGAUUGCGAGGGAAGAUCACGGAUGCGUUCGUCAGCACUCUGUGGGAUAACCUCCAGCAUCCUCCUUUGUCUUAUCUCGGGGAUCAAUUCAAGUAUCGGACCGCGGAUGGGAGCUAUAAUAACAUCAUGUACCCCCAUCUCGGGGCUUCCGGUAGCCAUUAUGCUCGGACGGUCACCCCUCAGCAUCCGAGGCCUGCCGUGCUUCCUGAUCCGUCUCUUAUAUUUGACACCCUGCUGGUACGCGACGGUCCCGCAAAGGAACAUCCAAGCAAGAUAUCCAGCAAUCUCUUCUAUCUGGCGACAGUGAUCAUCCACGACCUCUUCCACACGGACGAACGAGACGGCACCAAAGUAAAGAACUCUUCCUACCUGGAUCUCGGGCCCUUGUAUGGGCAUAACCAGGACCAGCAAAACAAGGUGAGGACCUUCACAGACGGUCUCCUCAAACCGGAUACAUUUUCAGAAAAGCGUCUCCUCACGCAGCCGCCGGGUGUUUGCGCAUUGCUGGUUGCCUUCAAUCGAUUCCAUAACUGGGUCGUCGGGGACCUGGCCAACAUUAACGAAGCUGGAAGAUUUAGUUUGCCUACUGGGACGAAGCAGGAUGAUCCACGAUACCGCGACGCGAUGGCUAAGAGGGAUAAUGAUCUGUUCCAGACAGGGAGACUGAUAACGUGCGGCCUCUAUGUCAACAUCAUCCUAAACGACUACCUCCGGACAAUCCUCAAUCUCAAUGAGAACCCCACCGGGUCAGACUGGACACUGGACCCUAGAAAGAGUCUGGAAGUUUUCGACAAAGGGGGUGUUCCUCGCGGUGUCGGGAAUCAAGUCAGCGCCGAGUUCAACAUGAUAUAUCGCUGGCACGCGGCCAUCAGUAAUCAGGAUGAAGCCUGGGCGAACAGUCUCUGCCAAAGGAUCUUCGGACCGGAGGUUGAUAGCAGUACAUUAUCCGUGAAUCAGUUCCUCGACGGGUUGCGAAAAUAUUUCGAGGACCAUGUACCAGGCGAACCUGCAACGUGGACCUUUGGAGGGCUAGAACGGCAGCAGGAUGGACGCUUCGUUGACAGUGAACUUGUUCGUCUCUUAUCAGAAGGGUGCGAAAACAUCGCUGGGGCAUUUGGCGCCAGAAACAUCCCCAAGGUAAUGAAGGCCAUUGAAAUGCUCGGAAUUGAACAGGGACGGCAAUGGGACCUGGCGACUCUAAAUGAGUUCAGAGUGUUUUUCAAACUGAAACCAUAUUCGACUUUCCUGGAGGUCAACUCGAAUCCAGCUAUCGCGGAAGGAUUGGAGGCAUUAUACGGCCACCCCGAUAACAUAGAGCUAUACGUUGGCAUACAGGCCGAAGAAGCAAAAAAGCCCUUCUAUCCCGGCUCCGGGCUGUGUCCUGGCUUCACCAUAUCAGCGGCUAUUCUGUCCGAUGCGGUUGCUCUCGACAGCUUCAAUGCCGCGAGCUCCGACUUUGACGUUGCAGGCGGGGGCGUGAUGUACAAAUUGCUGAUGAGAGCCUUCCCUGGAUGGUACCAGCCAAACAGCGUCUAUGCACUAUAUCCAUUUGUGACACCGGAGAAGAGUCGUGAGAUUAUGGUCAAAUAUAUGAAAUUCAAGGACCUGAGUUUCGAUCGACCGUCAUAUACUCCGCCACCUGUGCCGGUCACAACUUGGGAAGGGGCCACGAAUGUUUUGGAGGACCAGAAGCGGUUCCAUGUUCCUUGGGGAGCACAUACAUUUCAGAUUACCGGGCAUGAUUACAUGCUCAGUGGGGAUUCUGCGGCGAAUGCAGAACAAAGGCGAUUCGUCAAAGAGUGUCUCUACGAACCAAAGACUAUACUCGAGGAUGUGCGAAAGCUCUACGAGUCUAUCACGACAGACCUGCUUCAUGACAAAAGCGUCAAGCUCCGCGACUGUUAUCAUGUUGACAUUGUCCGAGACGUUGGAAACCUAGCACACGCACAUUUCUGCUCGCAGUUCUUCAGCAUCCCGCUCAAGGCCAAAAAGGACCCUUCGCCUGAUGGCUAUACCCCCAGAGAGCUUUCUGAUGCCCUCGCCUUGUUGUUCGGCUAUGUCUUCCUAGAUCUUGAGCCCACCGAUUCUCUUAGGAAUAGGAUCGCAGCCGCAGCGGAGGCGCACCGGAUGGGCGCUAUCAUGGCCAAGUCAGUUUCCAACGCCAGAGAUAGCGUCGUCAGACGUUUCAUGCAGGCGCUCGGCAGGAGCGAGGCUGGGGCAGCGAGCUAUGGCCCGCAGCUUGUGAACCGGCUACUGAGAGAGGGCAAUAGUGUCGAUGAAGUCGCGUGGACCAUUAUUCCAACCGCAGCAGCAGCGUGUGCGACACAAGCGCAAGGUUGGACACAAAUGCUCGACCUCUACUUAUCAGAGAAGUACGCCUCGCACUGGCCGGCUAUCCAAAAGCUGGCACGCUCCGCUGAUCCUGGAGCGUUUGAAAAGUUGAAGAAAUACGCUCUCGAGGGUUUCCGCCUGUCGACUCCGGCUUUUGGUGUCCUCCGGACUGCAGUCGACGAAGCCACCAUCAAUGAUGGGACGACCUCUACAACCGUCAAAAAGGGAGAUAUCAUAUUUGUAGACUUUAUUACCGCUGGUCGCGAUCCUGCUAAGUUCCCUGACCCCGAGGAGAUCCGACUCGACCGUCCGGCGGAUGUAUACAUCCACCAUGGCUGGGGUCCUCACGCGUGUCUUGGAAGGGCAAUUGUCACCACAGCCGGUGCAGUCCUCUUGCGUGCCCUUGGUCGGCUCGAAAAUAUCCGUCGAGCUCCCGGACCUGCCGGAGAGAUGAAGAGUAAGAUGGUGAAUGGUGCGUUUAAGCUGUACUUGCGCGAAGAUGGAUCCUCCUGGACUCCGUUCCCUCAAAAUAUGAAAGUAAUAUUUGAUUCCUUCAAGUAG